CUGAUAUAAGCAGAAAGGGAGAGUACUCUGACGUAAGCAGCAGAGUGACCUGCCCGACUGAGAGAGCUCCAAACACGAAAUGGCGGAUAAUGCAGACGAGUUGAACAAUGCGUGGACUGUGAUCACAGAUACGCUUUCUCCAGAUAAACAAGUGUGUGGACCUGAAGGCAACCUCAGACUGUUAAGUAGAAUCAAUGAGGUUCAACAGGCUGUUGCUGUAAUGGAUCACCACAAGGUUCUGCAUCUUAUUCCAGCAUGGUUUGCACAAGCAUUACAAGAUGAUGUCCGACGUCGAAUAGUACCAACAUUUUGGAAGUACUUUGACAAUCUGCCAGCUGGUGAUCCAAAACUUUUACCAGCUUGCUUCACAGAAGCAAUUUCGUACCUUCACCAAGUUACACAAUCCAUAUCAGCCUUGCAUACAAUACAUCAACAGUGUAGAGAAACUGCUUGCACUUAAGCUCAAAUCCGAGGAAGCAUUUUUACAGAGACAGUGUUCAGGACAUCUUUAGGGAUUAGGAGCCUAGAGAAUAUUCUUGUCAUUUUGUACAAGUCGUUUCUGUUCUUCACAUUUCGCAAACUAUUUAGAGAAUCAGUGGAAAAGUUUUAUGCUCAAGCCUUUAAAGUUUUUCACAAAUCAAUGGGAGAAGAAGAAGAAAAUGAAGAAAGGCCAGUCACUGAAGAGGAGGACACGUCCAUUGAGUUUAUUCUUGACAGGUUCACCAAAGUCAACAGAAAGUUGGAUGACAUGGGGAUUUUGGAGCAUGUAUCAGGUUCAGCUGUCACGUCUGUCAUUCAUGACCAAAUACGCCGACAUAUUCAUUCUACUUGCCAGAGCAACUUUGAAACAUCAUAUCUGAAAUCACUAGAAGAGUGGCUGGACACAAAGGUUCUAAACUGGCUUCAACUGAUCUAUGCUGGCAAUCGUUCGGAUGAACAAGCACAGAGUAUUUCAGCUUUCCGUGGUCGCCUAAUGCAUUUCGUGUUUGAGGUCUACGCAAACACACUUAUUGAUCAACUGUUCAACAUCAUCAUUGAGUUUCCAGAAUCUGAACCUGCAGUUAGGGACCUUCGCAUCUGUCUUGAAAAAACAGAUCUUCGACCCCAUCUUGUGAGUUCGCUACGGAAAGCACUGGAAAGUCGUCUUUUGCAUCCAGGUGUAAACACAUCUGAUAUUCUUACGGCAUAUAUAUCUGCCAUUCGAUCUUUAAGGGUGUUGGACCCAGCAGGUGUUAUCCUUGAACUGGUAUGUGAGCCUGUCAGAAAAUACCUCAGGUCUAGAGAGGACACAGUGCGCUGCAUUGUUUCCAGUUUAACUGAUGAAGGUAGCAGUGAACUGUUGGAUGAACUCAUUAGAGGAGCACCUCUUUCUAUGGAUGAAGGGGGUCUUUCAGAUGAUGAAUCUGAUUCCUGGGAAACAUGGGAGCCCGACCCUGUGGAUGCUAAUCCAGACACAGCAUCUAAGCGGCGACGUGCUUCAGACAUAAUUUCCACACUUGUAAAUGUCUAUGGAAGCCAAGAACUGUUUGUGGCAGAAUACCGUACAUUGCUAGCAGAUCGUCUUCUUGCUCAUGCGAGCGCCAAUGCAACUACAUCUUCUGCCGUAUCUACAACCUCAUCCACAGCAGCUAUUGCAGCCAGUGGUACAGGAGGCGAGCUGGAGAGAGAGUUGCGCUACCUUGAGUUGCUUAAAUUACGAUUUGGGGAGACACCUCUACAUGGUUGUCAGGUCAUGCUGAGAGAUGUUGCUGACUCUAGACGAAUCAAUGCUCGCAUUACUGAAGUCAGACAACACAACGAAGAAUCUACUGAUGUCAACGUGACAGCUAUGAUUUUGUCGGCACAAUUCUGGCCCUCAUUCAGAGAAGAGAAGUUAACUUUACCUAAACAUCUUCAGAAAUCUCUAGAUGCCUACACACAGCAGUAUGAAAUGCUGAAAGGAAACAGAACUCUCUGCUGGAAGCCUCACUUAGGUACAAUGAAUAUUGAUAUCGAGCUCAAAGACCAGACACUUAACUUCACGGUUUCACCAGUUCACGCCGCCAUUAUCAUGCAGUUCCAGCAACAAGCUCAGUGGACAGUGGAAGACUUGGGCAGAACACUGGAGAUGACACCUUCAGUUGUCAGAAGGAAACUGGCUUUCUGGCAAGGACAAGGAUUAGUAAAAGAAGAGCUGCCAGAUGUUUUUGUUCUUGUUGAAGAAAGACAUACUGGACCCCAUGAUGUUAUUGCUACAGACGAAGAUGAAAUGGAAUCUGCUAUGGCAUCAGCUGCUCAGCAGCGUGAACAGGAAAUGCAGAUGUUCUGGACAUACACCAUGGGGAUGCUGCAAAACCUAGAAUGUCUGCCCCUGGAGAGAAUUCACAGCAUGCUGCGGAUGUUUGCUGUGCAAGGGCCAGAGUCAGGGGAGUUCACUCAGGCUGAGCUUAAGUCUUUCCUUGACGGCAAAGUCAAGGAGCAAAAAUUAACAUACAGUGGCGGUGUUUAUAGGUUGCCUAAACAUUAACCAUAACGUGUCUUCAUCAUGCUUUACUGAAGCUUAUCCUGUCAAAAGCAAAACCAAGGAGCCACUGAACUACUCAUUUCACUCUGUUUGUAAGGAUACGAAGACAUUUGAACAAAAUUGUUAUGUGAAAAUGGGACCUUUAUUAAGUAGAAGUGUAAUUAUUGAUCAGAGGUAUCAUGUUUUCCCUCUUCAGUUUAGUCAUAUGCAUUUAUAUGUUGUAGACGUGGAUGCAGAUUUAUGUGGCUGAUGAUUUUGUUAUUUACCAAAACACAAAUUACAGAAAGAUAUAAAUGACAAAUAUUUAAAACUUUUCAGCCACAAUGGUAAGACUGGCAUUGGAGGAACAUUUAUUUUCGUGGUCUGUGUUUGAAUUUGUAAUGCAUCAUUGAAGUUAUGAUCUCUCUGUGAUAUAACCAUUGUCGCUGAUGUAAUGCUAAAGACUUAGCAAUCCUUGAUAAUAUUGUUGCAGAUUUUGUAAUACAAGCAAAAUACAUUUGUCUUCUGUCA